AUGUUUCGCAUCUAUCCUAAUCAGACCGAAAAACCAAUAGAUAUAGUAGAUUAUAUUAUUACAAAUGGGGACGUAUCAACGAUUAUUGAAAUACAUAUGGAUGAGUUCUUUACUGUGAUAUCAAACUCGCGAUAUGUACUCAUGCUUUAUUUUUCUCGAACAUUUGAUGAUCAUCAAGGAGUUGAUUAUCUUGACGAUAAGAUGAACGAUAGAAUUCUAUUUGUGACCAUCUUAAUACCAAAUCAUGCGCAUCGCCUAUUUCCUUGCUUGACUGAGGUGAAACAUACAUCAACAUUUGAUUUAACAAUAAUUCAUCCAAAAGAUUAUAAAUUAAUUGCGGGAACAACGUUAGAGUCCGUUUCUAAAAUAGGUUCUAUGUCAAUAUCGAAAUUUGAACGAACUCCUCACAUUCAAGCUCAUCACUUAUUUUUUGCAAUAUGGACUUAUGAAUCUUUCCAAAUAGAAUUCAUGACUGUUUGGCAUCCACCACAAAUGGAUCCCGAUCUACUUAAUACACUAACUAGAUACAGCCUUAAAAGUAAUAAAUGGAUGAUAAACGUCACAGAUACAUUUUAUUCAGUUGACCCAAUGAAUAUUGUUCCAUUUCCGAGUUCACGUAUUGCAGACAUUUACGUCGCACUUGGUGUUUCUUUAUUUAGAGAAUCUCAAGUUUUAUUUGAUGAGGAAGAAUCCACAACAACUGACAGAUUAGAAAUUUUAAUGGAUAUCACGCGUGCCGCGGCACGACACGUUAUUGGCAUUAUGAUUUUUCCGAAAUUAUGGUCACAUAUAUGGUUAUAUAAUGGUGUUGCUGAUUACAUUUCAAGUUUUAUAUUUGAUGAAAUAGAACCAUCAUUUCGAAUUCAUGAUUUAUCAUUGGCGAGAACACUUUUAUGGACACGUAUUGAACGUGAUGUGCGGCCAUCAACAACACUACCGUAUUAUUUUUUUGAUACCUGGCAUGAUAAAAUGUAUUUUCGUAAAGAUGAAUAUCAAACUUAUCAAACUGAAGCAAUUAUUGCCAUGGUUCAUCAAUAUUAUGAUUUUAAAGAUAUCGGGAAUUUGAUAAAACAGUUUCUAUUACGUGGAACGAAUAAACCGUACGGCCCUGCACCAAACGACUUCGUCAAGAACUUAGAAGAUAAAAGAUUGAAAAACUUAGUAAGUGAUUGGUACAAAAAUCGUGGAACACCAAUUUUACAUGUCAAUUUGGAUGAAAGUGAAGAAUUGGCUGAAUUAACGCAGUCGCAUUGUCAUAUAAAUAGAUUUGAUUAUUAUAUUGCAUUGCAUAUCGAGUGGGCUAGUUAUAUAUCAUUUAUGUUAGAUCAUGAAUAUCUUUUUCCAUCGGAAACAGUAUUUCCUAUUCUAUUAACAGCUGCACGAGUUAAUGAAGAACAUGCACAACUGGUUUUACAUUUUAUCACUAAAAAUCAUGUUAAACUUAUUGAGAGAAUGCAAGUAUGGCCUGACUUCCGUAAACAAGUUACGGGUAUAACUGAUGAAAUUUAUAAUGACAAUUACAAUCCGAGAUCAUCUGAUGUUAGUGACGAAACAAAUCACGGCUACACUUGUUUUUAUCAAGCAUAA